CUAUGGCCCGCAUCAUCGACCUGGUGCCCUGGGACGAUGGCUCCACCCACGUGUACGCGUCCCCGGCCAUCCUGCUCCCGAUGGAGCGGCAGAGAAACCAGUUGGCCGGCGUGAAGCAGCAGCUCUACCACCCGGCCCUGCCCACCCUGCGCCGCAUGGACAUGGAUAAUGCCAGGGCUUGCCUGUCGGACGAGCACUGCCAGACCACCAGCUACUGCCGCAAAGAUGACUUUGACAACGCACACUACACACUCCUCGGUGUCCCCAACAAACCCCUGCAGUGCUUGGACAUCACCGCCACUGGCCAGAAGAUCCGCCACAGGUGCCGCGAGGGAAAGCUGGCGCCCAUCCCCCCGGGCAUCAACCGAAUCAGCUGGCCCAGCUUCACACAUGCCAUCGAGGACUGGUCCCGUUUCGUGUCCUCUGCCGGCGAGUUCAAGCUGCCCUGCUCGAGCCAGAGGGUCGAGAGUUUCAGCGGCUACGCGGUGCGCUAUUUGAAGCCGGAGUUGACCCAGAACUGGCGGAGGGAGGGUCUCCCACGGGGUGGGGUUGGGGGGUGCGUGUCUCCCGGCUCACGGACCACCCCCCAUCCCUCUGGCCUGCCCCAGUACUGUCUCAACCAGAACCCCAGCCUGGACCGCUACGGACAGAAGCCCCUGCCUUUCGAUUCCCUGAAUGCGUUCCGACAAUUCGGCUCCAAAUACAGUCGUGUCAACUACCUGACCCCCUGGCACUAAUCUGUGAAAAGGAGGCCAAUGCCCAGGCUGCUGGACCAUGCCAGCUCAGUUUCCCAGCUGGACAGAGAGGGUAUGGUGGAAGCCCCCAUCUCCCCAAGAGUUCAUCCUCACUGGAAAUAAACCUAAUGCUC